GAGGAUCCCCAAAUCCAGAUGUGCACACAUUCCAGCGAAUGUUUGGCUGUGAGUGGGAUGAUCAGACUGGAGAAACAAAUGCGUUCGAUCAGCAUGGUUAUGAUGGAGAGGACUUUGUGUCUCUGGAUUUGAAAGAGCUGAGAUAUAUUUCCCCAGUGCAGCAAGGAAUCCCCACUGUACAGAAGUGGAACAAUGAGAAAAGUUCACUCGACUAUUGGAAAAAUUACUUAAGCAUUGAGUGCUUUGACUAUUUGAAGAAGUAUGUGCAGUAUGGAAAGAGCAGCUUGGAGAAAACAGUCUCUCCUCAAGUGUCUCUGCUGCAGAAGGAUCCCUCAUCUCCAGUGGCAUGUCAUGCUACAGGAUUUUACCCCAUUGGAGUAACAAUCAACUGGCAGAAAAACGGACAAGACCAUGAUGAGGAUGUGGAUCUUGGUGGAAUUGUUCCCAAUGAGGAUGGAACCUUUCAGGUGAUGAGCACCCUCAAUGUUAAACCUGAGGAGUGGAAGAAGAAUAAAUACGAAUGUGUGGUGGAACACAAGAGCAGAACCACCAAAAGCGUUCUGACAGAGGACAAGAUCAAAACUAACUAUGAGUCUCUUCCCAUUGGCAUCAUUAUUGGUGCCGUUGCUGCUGUCCUCCUGUUGGUGGUCAUCGGUGUUGCUGGGUACUGUGUGUAUCAGAAGAGGAAAGGCUUUAAACCUGUCAGCGACUCUGAUGAUGGAUCAAACAGCUCAACUCAUACCGAUCCUAAUGCAUAAAGAUAAUGCGAGACUAGAAAAGUGGAAGAGAUGAAGAAAAAAUGAUGCUGAUCCUGCUGUCCAUGUCCACAUUCUCUCACACACACAACACAAC